AGCGUCAUGAGGUGUCGUUCACGCGAACUUUCCGACGCCGCGAAAAUGUUUCCCCCAUAAUUUCCAGCGACGUGAAUGCACCAUCAUCCUCAUCAUCAUCCUCCACACAGCAUCAUCCUCGCCAGCGUCGUGUUUCGUCAUAUCCGGCUCAGAAACGAAGGUUUAACAGGUGCUGCCUGUUAAACUGCAAUUCAGAUCUGGAUAUGGUUUUAUGGUAUCUCAACUAUGAUUAAAAAUCCUAAUGUGAACAGUGGGAACUGGUUUAGGUUCAGCCGCCAACCAAUUACGUUUCUGACGUCACUGUCUGUAUGUUGUCUACGCGACCUUUUUAUUCCGACCAAUCAGAGGAUAGCUGAGCCGGUGUACCGCGGCCGAUCAUUAUGGGGGCCGUCUGAGCUGUCACUGGAGCUGCGAUCUGGACCACUAUCAACUCCUAACGGGGGAUUAAAGCCAGCACGGAGAUCUGCGUACUGCCGCAAACAAACACCCUCGCCUCUUCACCAAAAACAUGACUAUGGCGCUAUUUUAAUCCAAAGAGGACGGGAAACGACAUACAGAUAAAGGAAAGGGUUACCCGAGCCUUUCUGGACAAGACUGACCAAAGGGACCGAACCACAAUGAUACAACCCGCCAGGAAGGGACGUGCUGUCAGCUGCGCACUCGGGCAGUUCUGACCUCGCUGGUCCACGAGUCGCUGGUGCACUGGGUCGCUGGUCGCUGGCCCAACGGGGUGCCGGCCCACUGGGUUGCUAGUCCACCUGGUGUCCGGUCAACCGGGUCACUGAUCCAGCGGGUCACUAGUCCAUCUGGUCGCUGGUCCACCACGCCGCUGGUCCACCGGGUCGCUGGUCCGCUGGGUCACUGGUCGCUUGUACACUGGGUCGCUGGUCGAGCGGGUUGGUGGUCCAACGGUUCGCUGGUCCAGCGGGUUGCUCGUCGCUUGUUCACCGGGUCGCUGGUCUACAGGGUCACUAGUCCACCGGGUCAUUGGUCUGUCGGCCAAUGGUCUACUGGAUUGUUGGUCCACGGGUUCGCUGGUCUACAAGGUCACUGGUCCACCGGGUCACUGGUCCACCAGGUCGCUGGUCGACAGGGUCACUGGUCCACCGGGUUGCUGGUCUACCGGUCACUGGUCUACCGGUCGCUGGUCGACCGGGUCUUCUUAUGCCGGCGAAACCAACCAAUUCUACAAUUCUCAUUACAGUUAGCUACAACUCAUAGGGGCUGCUAGUGGAAAACCUGCCUGGUGCAAGUUUAACAGAGAAGGGCAUAUAGUAGACAAACGCUACAAUGGACUAUGACGAAGGUGACAAGGACUGCUGUGUCCGCUGCCCGGACCCCGUGGACAGGGACCCGGAGGGGCCCGUGGCCCACUGCCACCAGGCGCCCAACCGGAUACGCCCCUCGUCCUACCGGGCCCUGCGCAGCGCCAUCUCCAGUUUGGCCCGGAUCGACGACUUCUUCUGCGAGAAGAUCGGGUCGGGCUUCUUCUCCGAGGUCUUUAAGGUGCAGCACAGGAACACCGGCCAGGUGAUGGCGCUGAAGAUGAACACGCUUGCUAGCAACAAAGCUAACAUGCUGCGGGAGGUUCAACUCAUGAACCGACUCUGUCACCCUAACAUCCUCAGGUUUAUUGGUGUGUGUGUCCAUGAAGGCCAGUUGCAUGCGCUGACGGAGUACAUCAAUGGGGGAAGUCUGGAGCAGUUGCUAGACAGCGAUGUGUACCUGUCCUGGUGUGUGAGGAGGGGCCUUUCGCUGGACAUCUCUAGGGGCCUCCAGUACCUGCAUAGCAUGGGCAUAUUCCACAGAGAUCUAACCUCCAAGAACUGUCUGGUGCGCUGCGACAGCGGGCUCUUCACCGUCGUGGUGGGGGACUUCGGUCUGGCUGAGAAGAUUCCAGACUACAGUGACGGAGUGAAGAAGCAGCCUUUGGCCACCGUGGGCUCCCCCUACUGGAUGGCCCCAGAAGUUCUCCGAGGAGAGUUCUAUAAUGAGAAGGUGGAUGUGUUUGCAUACGGGAUCAUCCUUUGUGAGAUCAUAGCCAGGAUUGAAGCUGAUCCGGACUUCCUACCCAGAACUGAGGACUUUGGACUUGAUGUAGAGUCGUUUGAGAACUUGAUCGGGGACUGUCCACAAGCUUUCCUUAUGCUGGCUGUAACCUGCUGCAAUAUGAGUGCGGUUCAGCGGCCUGCGUUUUCCGAAGUUGUGUUGACGCUCGAGGUGAUGCACGAUGAAGGGGGGGAGAGCGAUGAUCCUAUCACUCUGGACCCCGUUGGCGUGGAGACCAGUCCUGACCGGCGCGGCUCAUCCUCUCACCCGGCCGACCGCCAGCCCCAACGCUUGGCCCGGAGCCAGUCGGAUGCUUCGCCAGCGGCGACCGUGACCCCCAGCCACGCCCCUGCGGCAGCUCCCGGGACCCCGGCGCGGGUCAACCCCUUCUCCAGCCGGCGGGACCUCAACGGCGGCCGCUGCAAGCUGCUGGACACGCCCAGCAUGUCGGUCAUCUCCCUCAGCUUCUCCCUGCCCGCCCCGCCCCUCCGGCCCUCGCCGCUGUCGCCCCACGCCCACCACCCCGGGGCGGGGCGCAGGAGGAGCGGCCCCCCCAGGAGGUGUCUGUCCCUGCCCUCCACCCCGGACCUGGGCGGGCUGGCGGCCGGCUCGCGAUGGAAUCACCAGGACGUGUGGAAGGAAGGGACAGAGCUUCCACCGGUGGCGCCCCAGGCCGGGCUCACAGACGGGUCCUCCCCUGGGGAGGCUCUGGGGGUGGAAGAGCAGCGGGACCGGGGGCCGACCGCAGGGGAGGAGGACGUAGGGGCCACACAAGUGUCAACGGAGGACUCUGCUCUGGAGACGCUGUCCCUGGAGCGCCUAGAGGAGGAACCGGAGGAGCAGGAGGAGCCGGAAGAGCAGGAGGAGCCGGAAGAGGGCGGGGAGGCGGAGGGUCUCAGUGAGGCCAUGGACUGCACCAAGUCCCCCGAGGCUGAGGGCGGAGCCCCCACAGCCAGCAGGCCCCUGCGCACCUCCUCCUCCUACUGCCCCCUGCAGGCCAACGGCUGGCCCCUCCCCAUCUCCAACGGGCCGCCCUCUCUGCCCCCCCUGCCUCGCGUGGACAACAACAACGGCCCGUCGCCGGCGUGCGUGAUGGGACGGCAGGUCCGGUGGGGGGGGCUGGGGGCCGGCUGGGGGCUGAGCGGCUACACUGGGGCCCCCCCCACCGAGCAGGACCCGGGCGGGUCCUGCCCCAGCUGCUGCCUGGUGGGCCUGGCCCUGCCGUCCGCCCGGCCCUGGACCAGCUCCCUGCUGCCCAAGCUGCGCCGCCCCCCCCCUCGCCACAACCUCAACGGUGCGCGGACCGCCGCCUCCCCGGCCGGACCCUCAUGCUCGGCAAGCUCCGCCCCCCGCACCCUGAUGGGUAGUGGGGCCAAUGGACUGGGGGCCACGGUGGGGGCGCCACGGGGGCGGGGCCUGACGCUGCCUGAGGCUCAGACCUGAGCACGCCACACUCACAGUUGCAUGGGGGGGGGGGGGGGGCUACAGUCUGCUGCUACAGGGGCUUUGAAUGUGUGACGGCAACCAGCCACUCCAUAGAGAUGUUCACACGAGACCACGACCACGGGGAUAGUGGUCAGACCGAGCAAAGGACACAGGAGCUGCAAUCCAAGCUGAAGACAGGCUAGGUCGUAGGCCGCCCCUCAUGGUGUUAAAGCUUUAUACUAGUACUGGACCAAAUAACACUUUGUAUACGGCUGUGUCUCCUGUCCCGACCCGAGUCCAGCUGUGCUGAACUGUUUUACCGCUGUGCUCCAUUCGGCGCUGGUCUAUAUUUGUACUGAUUGCUUACAACUAUUUGUCAGUGCAUUUGCGCACGUUAGUUUCAGUAAAAGUAUUUUUGCUAUAUUAACAACUUUUGAUUAUCUAAGGAAAGGCCAACAUUUUCUCAAACUGAUUUUCUAUAAGGUGAAUGUCUUCUUUUACACUGUGAUUGGAAUAUGACUUGGAUGAUGAAAAACGAAUAAUAUCAAUGUCUCAAUACUAUUUAAUAUGUUCAUUUGAGCAGUGUGUGUACGCGCGCAUGUGUGUGUGCGCGGGUUAAUCAAAUGGAAUUUUAAAGGAUACAUUUUUAUGGAGGUGUUGGAAAACCGUAGUCUAAUGUGCGCGUGCGUUUCUGUUGUUCAUUUGUUAGUCAGAAUGGGAUGGGAUGAUGUGCAGCAGAUGUUAACCAUUAAACCAUAAUGUCCUUCCUGUGUUCCAGUU